GUGAAACCGACGAAUCUUUCCACUUCCAUUUCCACGGACAAGGCCAUGAGCACCACCACCGACGAGUUGAAGGAACAAGGGAACGCUGCAUUCGAAGCGAAGCGCUUCGAUGAAGCAGAAGCACUCUACUCGAAAGCUAUCCUGCAAGAUGCCAAGCAACAUGCCCUGUUUAGCAAUCGGUCGGCGGCACGAUUCCAUCAAAAAAAGUACGAGGAAGCAUUGAAGGAUGCGGAAUCCUCGAUUUCACUCGACCCGACAUGGUUCAAGGGCCACAUUCGGAAAGGCCAAGUCCAUGAAGCAUUGCAUCAACCUCGACAAGCGCAGCACGCGUAUGAGUUGGCAGUCAAACAUGGUGGGAAGAAGCGCGACGUUGUCGAGAAAGUUGCGGCCACGAAGAAAGCUGCAGACAAGGAAGAUCGUGAGCGGACUAUCCACAGCCGCGAGGACUGGAACGACAUUUACCACAACAUCUCAGACAAGAAGUUGCGACUUGCGAUCUUGGUCAAGUUUUGGAAUGCUUCAACCAAAGCCGAGCGGUUCUCGUUCUUCAUGCGGUUCCUCACGAUUCUGUCCAACGGAGGAACUCCUUCCCGCAUUGGCCGGUACUCGAUUGAACAGAUGGAGCCUAUUCCCGCCGCAAACUACGAGCCGAUCGAGUUGCCAGUGACAUGGACGUCGUACUUCAACGCGCUUGCGCUCGCCAAGAAAAGCGACGUCAUGGAAGACAUGUACGACGCCGCAACGGAAGCGGAGAAGACGACGAUCAUCAACGACAUGAAGUAUUACAUCCACCAAAUGUACAAGGUCGACGACGACGACGACGACAUUGCCGACGAGUAAGUCUCCGUCGGCAGGCAUCAUAAUGCAAUAUGCACACCCAUCCGUCCACUUGGAAGGAUGCAUGUACAUUCCA